UGGAGCUGCAGUCAGGAGGAAUAAAAAGAAGGAUGUAGUGAAGGGUUGAGGUAUGUCGGAUGUGACAGAGGAGGAUGCUGGGGAUAGGGUGAGAUGGAGGCAGAUGAUCCGCUGUGGCGACCCCUAAAGGAAGCAGCCGGAAGAAGAAUGAGAACAGGAAAGAUGUCUGAAAAAGUGGAGGGCAGAAAAUGGAUAUUUAAUUUUGUCAUCUGUCUGUAGAGAUGCACACCUUGUAAUCACGGGGAGGCAGUAAUUCAGCAGCAGCAAUUUCAGCGUCGAAGAAGAAGAGGAGGCGGAGUAGAAGAAGAACCGCUGUUUAAAAAAAAAAAAAGGAAAAAAGUGGUGGCGCAACACAGUUUAGCUAGCACAGAGUGCACGGUUAGUUCAUGACAGCUGCUCCCAUCCGGAAUAACGCUUGUACUUAACCCCGUGUGUAGCUCGCCCUGUUUCUCCUAUGACAUCCUUCACAGUCGGCUCCGACCUCGCACUAUGUUUGAGGAUCCUGAACUUCAAGGUCCUUUAUCACUGAGUCUGAAUGAAAACUGCAGUGACCAGUCUUCCCCCAAAAAAGCACCGGGAAGCCCCGACUACACCUGUGAGAUUCCAGAGAUCCGAGUAAUCAUCAAAGAGGAAGAGGAUGGCUGGACUGUGAGUGAGAAUAAUGAGAGCCUCAGCUCAGAGAGAGAAAAAGAGGAUGCUUCUGUAGACGCCUGCCUUCCCCACCAGAAAGCGAGUGGCGUGGAGAGCUCUGCUUCAUAUGGCGUGAAGAAACCCCAGAGAAGAUGUGCAGCGGAGAAACGGUUUGAGAAGCCUUGCCCUGACACAGAGAGCCUGCAGAGACACAAGCUCGCGAGCUCAGAUGAGAAACCGCAGAUUUCCUACAAAUGUGGGAAGGCAUCAGGAAACGUGACUGUACAUCAGUGCAAUAACACAGGAGAGAAACCCCUCUCCUGUCCAGGACGGGACAUGACCCCCGGUCACAAAAGGAACGUGAAAUCCCAUCAGGAGCACUGGGACCGAGACCAGAGAGCAUCUUUACACACAGAAGAAGAGCUACAGCAGACCGAAACGUCAGCACCUUGCCAAACUAAUUCUCCUAAACGUAAGCACCCGAAGUCACGCGGGCUCAAGAUGGCAUCUGAAAACUUAAACGACCAAACGCUACAUUUGACUGUAAGACUGCAUGCAGGGGAGGAGGAGGAGGAGGUGGGCGAGGAAGAAGAAGAGGAACAAGAUGAAGAGUUUGGAGGAUUAAUCAACUCUGAUGGAGAAGUGGUUGAAUGGGAUUCUGCAGGCAGCUCUGACCGAGGCUCUGAUUUCUCAGCAGGUCCUCCACCUAGCAAGGAGUCUCAGCUGCGAGGCCAAAGCCAGAGAGACAGCAGCAGCCCGACGCUCAUCAUGGAGGUUGUUUCUGUGGGGGAAGAUGAAGAAAGGGAGGACGCAGAGGAAAAAACUAUAGGGGCAAAGAUGAAUGCUGCCUCCCCCUCAUACUGUGCAGAAAAAAGACCAAGAAGAACUAAAAAGGUUCCAGUAGUGUAUGUGGAGAACUCAGACACAGAGCUAGAUGUUCCUGCAAAUGCUGCAAAACGAAGAGGCAGAAGAAAGAUUUCUCAAACUCCACUGUUGCCAGCUGAAGAUUCAGAGACAGAUGCAGGAGUAUCACAGCGUACCCGAAGAAAGAGAAAUUUGCAUGCAGCGGCAGAACCGGAAGAAUUAAACUCAAAAACUGCCCGCCAUGCUGCUGCAAAGCGACCGUAUAGACGAAGGAAAGAUACCAAAACAUCUGGUGAAGCAGAAGGAGAGAACAUGGCUGUUUCACCAGGCAAGAAGCGCCCUGGCAGAAAGAUGAUCUGUGUACCAAUUGAAAUACCUCCUGAGCUCCUGAAGAAACCCAAAGAAAAAAUAGAGUACCACUGCUCAGUGUGUGGCAAAGAAUUCCCACAUGCCUACAAACUAGAGCGGCAUGAGCUGAUCCACACAGGAGAGAAACCGUACUGCUGCUCCAUCUGUGGCCGUGGUUUUAACCAGAAGGGAAAUCUCAAAACGCACUACAAAGUCCACUUAGGUCGUAAGGGUGCUGUGGAUUUUGAUGAUGAGGUGAAUCCCAUAGCGUCAGAACUCUCUGAAUAUUUAAAAUCCCUGCCUGGUGAGUCCAGGAUUCGAUCAUCCCUCCGUUGCCUGGAAUGUGGAAAAGACUGUGACAGUCAUUCAGCUUUGCAAGCACACCACAUCACUUCACACACUCAGACAGCCUCUGAAUCGGGCCCCGUCAAGCCCGGCGCACCACCUCUUCUCUUCUGCCGACGCUGUGGCAUUCAGUUUAGUGAAAAAGAAAAGCUGGAAGAACACAUGAAGACCCACAUCAAGGAGAAGCCCUACUCCUGUCCCGACUGUGGCAAGAGGUUCAUUAACGAGAGCUACAUUCAAAUCCAUCAGCGCAUCCAUACUGGGGAGAAACCGUUCCUCUGCUCUCAGUGCGGCAAAGGAUUCCAUACUGCCUCCUCCCUCAAGCUGCAUGAAAUGCAGCACUCCGGGGAGAGACCGUUUGCAUGUUCCAUUUGUGGGAAGACAUUUCGGAUUAACUCUUACCUAACAGCGCAUUACCAGACCCACAUUAAAGACAGGCCAUUCAUUUGUAGCAUUUGUGGGAAAGGCUACUCCAGAGCAGAGGAAUUAAAGGUGCACCACAGACUUCAUACCGGAGAGAGACCCUACGAGUGCGGGGAUUGUGGGAAGAGUUUCAUUUAUCGUCAGGGCCUUCGGCAGCAUCAGCGCACACAUGCUGGAAGACGCAUCGGGCCAACCAGACAGCUUGGUAGACCAAAACAGCAGGCCAGGCUUGACAUCUAACACUUAAUCUAUUGAUGAAUUUUUGUUGUUAACCGUGUUUGAAAGUAUUGCAGUAAAUUGUGUUUUUCUUCCUUCCAUUCCUCACAGCUGCAGAAAAGAUGAUUACUGUGUCUAAAAAAUGUACACCACAGACUUCCUGCGGGUUGCCAAGCGUUUGACUGUUUGUUGUGUGGUUUUUCUUCUAUCCAUGUUUUCUAUUCAUGUUUUUAUUUACCACCACUUGUAGCUCAUCUGUAUAAAUUUGAGUGCCUUUGUAACCUGCAUGCCAAAUACUAAUUAAUGUUUAAAAAAAAAAGAUCAUGCACUAUAUCCUUGAUAUUUUAAAAUCCAUGUUGAUGGAAUACAGACAUUUUUAAGAAACAGAGAUUGUUUGUUUUCUGUAUUUGAUAUGGCAUAUUCAUAUCAGACUACAGGCUGAAUUUGACAGAUGGUUUCUCUCAAAAGCUCCACCAGCCAGGGUGCCGGUCUGGCUCAGUGGGUGAGCCUGGGAUGAGUUAACAGAAGCUAUGACUCAUUAAACUUGGCAACA